AUGGCUGAACCAUCCUGGAUUGGUCUAAGUGACAUUCAGACAGAAGCACAGUGGGUCUGGACUGAUGGGACUCCAGCCGUGAGUGACAAAUAGGCAAUAACCAACGAACAAUACAAAUAAUGAUAUAAUAACUUACUUUUGCUUCAUUCUCUCACAAAGGACUUCCUGCCGUGGGCGCCCAACCAGCCUGAUAAUUGGCAGGGCAACGAGGAUUGUGCUCAUGUUCGGGAAACGCCCCAAGCGGCCCCAGGGCGACUCAACGAUGAGUUCUGUCCCGCCACAUUAGAAUCUUUCUGCAAAAAA